AUGAUAAAAUACGAAUGUAGGCUCCACUCCAGGAAGUAUCCCCGAGAGGGAGAAAUAGUCAUGGGAAGGGUUGUGUCCAUAGGGGGAGAAGGCUUGACCUUGAAUCUCCUAGAGUAUGGAGAUCUAGAAGGACUAGUUCUUCUGGGAGAGUUGUCGAAAAGAAGGGUGAAGAGCAUACAGCAUGUGACCAAGAUUGGGAACAUCGAGAUAUGCAAUGUCCUGAAGGUGGAUGAGCAAAAGGGAUACAUAGACCUGAGCAUGUCGAAGGUCACAGAAAGCGAGAAGUCCGAAUGCAAGGAGACGAGUGCAAAGAAUAAGCUUGCAUACCAUAUCAUGCUCAAGGCUGCAAAGAAGUUAGGGAUGGAAGUAUCAGAGCUGUAUGAAAAGAUGGGAUAUGACAAAGAGGAAGAGUUUGGGUCAUUGUACUACUUCUUUGCAAGGGUUAAGGAUAACGGAGACAUCAUAGAAGAUGAUGAGGUAGGGCUAACAAUUAAGAGCUUGAUUCGAGAGCAGUUCCAGGCUUCUACAUAUAAAGUGCGUGCGGAUAUAGAUGUUGUGUGUUCGUCUCGAGGAGGGAUAAUCUCGAUAAAGAAGGUCUUCGAUGAUGCUUUGAAGCUGGAUCCAAGGCUUGAGUUUUGUCUGAUCAAGACACCUACAUAUUCAGUGACACGUGUAUCCAGCAAUAAGGACAAGGCCUAUGAAGUGGUGAGAGAGGCAUGCGACAUUCUAAUUUCAAACAUCAAGAAGGAGGGGGGAACUGCCUCUGUGGUAAGCCAACCAAAGCUGUAUGGAGAGAAGUCAAGAUACAACCUGUUGAACUUUGAGGAAAAUGAGAUUUCUUCUUCCGAGUAA